UCCCUCUGCGAGCGAGCGUCACAGUCGUCCUCUGUGAAAGCACUUGUCCGGGAUGAGAUGCUGUAGCCUGACAUUGUUUGGUGGUAGUACUCGAUAAUAUUUGGAGGAUGGACUGCCGGGGAGUUCUUCCUGCAAUAUGCGCCGCUUGUUUCAUGGGCAUGGUGUUGAGCCAGACCACACUUACCCCUGCUGUGACAAACACCACUCUCAUCGAGAAUGUGACCAGUCUGACCGUAACUCCCGUGAUUCUCAGCAGCACGACCCCGGGCUGCUUUGCAUUCAACACUUCGACUUGUGAGCCCUGUGCACCGGGAUCUCAGUACGACAACAACACCUUGCUGUGUGCUUGCUGCUCUGACCCUGGGCUGUGUCUAUUUCCUGGAGCAUGUCUGCCAUGCACCACAGGUUUCUAUCAGCCACUAGCAGGACAGCAGCAGUGUCUGCCCUGCAACCGGGGCUUCUACACAAAUUUUACUGGAAGUCCAGUAUGUCACCCCUGCCUUCCUGGAUCCUUCAACAAUAACACCGGCAGAGACAGUUGCUCAACUUGUUCACCAGGUUUCUUUUCAUCGCAGCAGAGCUCGACUUCAUGUGCACCAUGUGCACUGGGAAGUUUUUGCAACUCCGUUGGUUGUAGCCAGUGCCAGAUGUGUCCUGGAGGAACAGAAGCUCUACAGACUGCAGCUAGAGACUGCACACCAUGUCGACCAGGCAUGCACAAGGCUCCCCAUCAGACUAUGUGUCAAAUCUGCGGGAGUGGCUUCUUCCAGAUCCACUGGGGCCAGGAGAGCUGUGAUGUAUGCCCAGAUAACCACUACUGCCCUAGUCCAGACGUGAACCCCAUUCAGUGUCCCAGCGAUGCGUUUUGUCCUGAGGGCAGCUUGUCUCCAGGCUACUGCAUGGAGACUUUCUUCCGCAAAGAAGGGGACACUUGUGAACUGGCCCCUGUCACUAUUGCUCUUUUAGUUAUUGGAGGAGGGGUGGCCCUGCUCUUCAUCAUUUUAAUGGUUGUACGUCGACGGAAAGACCCUGAUGGAGAGCUGUCUGUAGCCCGAGCUCCAUUACUACGCAAAGAGCGACCCCAGGGUCGAUACUAUGGGAUCCCCUGUGAUGCACAACCUGUAUAUGCUGGCUGGUGAACCAAAGGACCGCAUCUUAGCUUUCUCAAGCGCUUGGUGGGACAAAACCAACUGAAGUCUUAUUUUCAUAUGGGUCCCAACCAAAGACAAAAGGACUGAUUGUAAAACCUUGGACUGGUGCCUUGAAAGUACUUUGACAAUCCAUCCUCUUUUUUACGUAGUACAUUUGAAUAUAUUAUUGAGAAACAGAAGUUUUUUGUGAAUUCUUGUAGUUUGACACUGUUACAGUUGUCCCAUUCAGCGACAAACACGCUCCAUUUGUAAACUAGAUUAUUGGAUUGUGAGAGGUAUGCUGGAACGGUGAAAACGAGAUGCAUGCCGUGACUUGGUGGGAACCUCUCUCUCUUAUGAAUAGCACUUUUUUGUUUUACAGCGAUAACUGAUUUACUUUGCACUUAAGUGAUGGUAGACUUGUGGAUGCCUCCAUUAACUGGUAGUUCCACAGUUACAGAGAGGUGUACAUAAACUGUGGUUGGUCCCUUGUGCUUUUUAAUGCAUUAGGAACAUCAUGUUGAUUCAUUGAUACCUUUGCUCAAUGUUUUUCAUCUGCUUUUUUAAGGUUUUAUUUGUAUGUUUCAAAAGAAAAUAAAUGCAAAUGAUUGACUUGAGCCUAAUUCCACACUGUUUUGUAUUAAUUUGAACCAUAUUGCAAACUUUAAAAAUAAAGAAAAUAAAGA